AUGGCGAACAACGGGGUGGAAUACAUUUAUGUCAAUCAGGUCGUGCCCGAGAGCGAGCUCCAGGUCUGUCGAGAUGCGAACGGUCGACUUCUAGCCUUCUACAAAGAUGCCGACGGAAUCGAAAAACAAAUCGGGCAAGAGAUCGACGAGGAGCACUACAUCGAUGCUCCAGAACCUGAGGCGGAGGAUCACUACAUAUCUGGAGAACCCCCGGUCGAGUUCAGCGCUGAAGAUUUGCCGGACAACAUGGAAGUUCUUCAAUCAACGGACGGAGUCGGUGGAGAUAUGAAGUUCGUCAUGGUCAAUCAGCAAGAGGUGUUCGUGGUUAAAAACAACCAACCUCAAACGCAGAAGACCUUUCGACUCUUCAAGCCGAGAAGGCGCGUGACGCCUCAGUCAGUGAAAAAGGGUCCGAAACUCAUUCAAGAUUUCCUCUUGCCUCAUCUGGACAAUGAAACCUUCGGCAAUCGGCUCGUAUGGGUCAACCGGGAACUUGGAACUUUCGCCAUGAGCUGGUCGCACAAGAACGGAGCCGAUUGGCGCGCGGAUGACUGUGUCGUGUUCCGUGAAUGGGAUCUCCUGAAGGAACGGAAAAUCCAAGAAACACCUCACUACUGGAUGGAAGCGAAACAGAGAUUCAGAGCGGCGCUAGCGAAAGUCUCGGUCAGUUGUAAGAGUGAGCUGGAGGAGCACAAGUCGUCAAAGGUAUUCCAGAUCAAGUGGACUCGCGAAACUCGACCGCAAAUAUUAGAGAAGAUCUACACGACGUCGAAGUACUUCAAAAUGCCUCCGCGCAUGAGUUUAGCUCGGUCAGAUCAGCCUGCGGUGGCUGAUUUCUCUCUGGAUCAGGACUACGCACAGGAAGAAGUCGUUUCGCCGGAUCACACGAUGUCUAUCGAGGACGACAUGCAGAUCGAAAUCGUGACAGCAGAGGAUUUCCAAGAGGAGCAGUUCAUCGUGGAAGGCCAUUCGGCAGAAGCCGAGCAGCCAGAGGAGAUUGUCGAAGUAGUUGAACAACACGACGCAGCUCAGCAGGCGGCCGCCGCAGUCCUAUCGUCCCGCUUCUUCACGGACCGUCGCAAACGAGCACGCAAACUCACGAUACGUGCCGAAGCUCUGUCACCGGUGGAGAAAAUCCUUCGCCGUGCUCGCAGAAGCCAUUCCAAAAUUUACACAGUGUGUCCGAUCUGCCAGUACUUGACUGCGAAUUACGCGGUCUUCCUUCGGCACCUCAUGCUCCAUCGUGACGAUGUCGGUUACACGUGUCUCCAUUGUCCCAGAGCCUUCCGACUCCCCGAGUUAUUCAUCGAUCACUUGCGAGUCCAUCACAACGCACCUCCGCAUAUGUGUUUCUUGGCGAAUAUCGAGGAGACUUCGCGGACAAAGCUCAGACGGGCCGAGUUUCGUUUGAUUCAUCAGAAUCUGAAAACGUGCGGGGUCUGCGCGGAGCAUUGCAGGACUCAAUGCGAUCUCGAGAAACACGUCGUCGAACUCCACGGUAAAACUCAGCUGAGGGAGGUUCGGAAGUGUGCUCUGAAUAGGAGAAGUCCGCUCAGAAUGCGAUUGAAAUAUCUAGCCAUAAGGCGUAAACCGCGACAUAAGAUCUGUAAUGACGAGAACCAAACGUCGAUGGUCGUGUGCGACGGGAAACUCCUCAUCGAGGAGGUGCCUUUAGACUGGAACAUACUGAAUGAAAAUCAAUGUUGAGCCAGAGACAUCUCCGACUGUAAGGAAUUCUUCCCCCCUCGGCCGCCCUCAGACUGAGAUUGGAUAUCCUGCAGGGGAAAUGCGAACUGUGAGCCGUCAGAAGAUUCGGAGACUUGUACAUAUAUUUUUUUGUGUAUAUUCUAGCUUGGCGAUGUCACUG